UUUUGCAUUAAAAAUGGCGAGCCAAGAAACAAAUAUCGACAAUUUCAUUGUCAAGUUGUUUGAAAUAGAGGCUAUAAAGUUUGGAACCUUUAAGCUGAAGUCUGGCAUAGAGUCUCCGGUUUACUUUGACUUGCGUGUGAUCGUCUCAUUUCCAGAUGUCAUGAAUCAAGUUGCUGCCCUGAUGUGGGAGGCCAUAGAAAGAAGUGGAUGCAAAUUCAAGUCAAUAUGUGGUGUUCCUUAUACUGCUUUACCUAUAGCAACGUGUAUCUGUGUCCAAAACAACUACCCGAUGUUGAUAAGGCGUAAAGAGGCAAAAGACUACGGCACACGACGUAUGAUUGAAGGUCGCUAUGACGACGGGGACAUUUGUCUUAUAGUAGAGGAUGUGGUCACUAGCGGCAGCUCUGUUCGAGAGACAGCUCAGUCACUACAAGCAGAAAAGGUCAAAGUAACAGAUGCUAUAGUUUUGCUGGACCGUGAACAAGGAGGAAAAACUGCUCUGGAGAGAGAGGGAAUCAAAUUAUACAGUGUUAUUACUCUGUCCCAAGUGUUGUCCACUCUCCAGCGAAUGAACAAACUGGACAGUGAUAUUGUAGAUAGGACCAUCCAAUUCAUACAGGAUAACAGGUUUGAUGGGCCUGCAGCUGACAGCAAGGCAAGCAACGGCUCAUCUAUUCAAAAGGUGAUGAGCCACAAAGAGCGUGCUGUGAAGUGCUGUCAUCCCUUGGUACGGUCUCUUUAUUCCAUCAUGAAUGACAAGGAAACCAACCUGUGCAUGUCUGUAGACUUUACCAGUAGUGAAGACCUUUUACAACUGGUGGACAAGGUAGGACCACAUGUGUGUCUUGUCAAGACACACAUCGACAUGUUAGAGGAUUUUACCACAGAUGUUACGCAACAGCUACAGAGGCUGGCACACAAACACAACUUCCUCAUAUUUGAAGAUAGGAAGUUUGGUGACAUUGGUAAGACGGUGCAUACUCAGUAUCAAGGUGGUAUGUACAAGAUAUCAAGCUGGGCACACAUCACAAACGCUCACCCGGUACCGGGGCCAGGGAUUGUCAGUGCUCUCGCAGAGGUUGGUAAGCCACUGGGACGUGGAUGUUUGAUGGUGGCCGAGAUGAGCUCAUCAGGAAAUCUUGCCACUGGGGAGUACACAAAAGCUGCUGUAAAGAUGGCCGAGACCAAUAAGGACUUUGUGAUUGGCUUUAUAUCCCAGUCCCGACUGUCGGCAGACCCUGACCUCGUACACAUGACACCUGGCAUCAAGAUCCAGAUGGGUGGGGACUCCCUGGGGCAGCAGUAUGUGACCCCAAAGAUGGCAAUCACAGAGAGGGGUGCAGACGUGAUUAUUGUUGGACGGGGUAUAACAGGGGUGUCAGACCCUGUCGGGGCUGCCAAGGAGUAUAAACAGGCGGGGUACUCUGCCUAUCUGAAUACCUUGAACCACUGAUCACCAGACCCAGUAUGUUAACCAGGAAUCUCUAAUGAUCGGAAUCCAUGAGUCGGACCACAAGUCUCUGAUGACUUUACGUGACGACAAUGAACCACUAAGGAUUUCAGGCACUGACCAUCUAUAGGAUGUAUAUGAAAAUGAAAACAUCAACAACUUUGUUAAUUAAUUUAGCUACCUUUGAUUCCAGUUGGUAAGCAUGCAGCAUUAUCAAUUAGUUUCCAGUGCAUAAUCUAGUGUUUUUGUAGUUGACUUUGACCUUUGAACUCUAAUAUGCAAACUGGGUCAUGCAAUAUGUAUAAAGUUCAAUCCAUUUUGAAAUGAAGCUGCUGGAGUGAUGUCAUUAAAUUGGUAGACUAAAUCCUGUAAACAGUAACAAUGACUUUUGAACUCUGAAAUAUGGAUGCAUUUGAUGUAUUUUCAUACUAAACCAUUUUUUAUAAAGUUUGAACAAAAUUUGUCUGGAAAUGAAGGCAUGGAGUGAUGACACUGAAUGCGAAAAUAGGUGGCUAGAUUAUAGAAGGCAAGACUGUAUUUCUAUAUUUUCUUUUGUUGUUUGAGGGCAUUUAUGUUGUGUUCAAUGUUAAGAUUGUACAGAGAGAAAGAGGAGAGUGCCAUAGUGGAGGUAUAUUGUUCACCAUUUUAAGCAGAAAAGUUUUGAAAAUUGUUCAGGAAUCAACAUUAAUGAUAAAUUGUUUAGUGAUGUUGUUGGGAAUCAAUCAUAUUUGGAGAGUUUAUUAUGUUCGCAGAAAAUGAUGAAGAGAGUAAGUCAAGGUUAAUAAUAUUUAUUCCGAUUCCAUUGACUAGGGAAAAACAAAAUUACCAAACAACAUAAAAUACCAUUUACGAAAGUGGAUAGCACUUGCUUAAAUGUAUGUAUAAGUUGUUUGAAAAUGGUUGCAAACAUAAUUAUACGCAGAAAUUGAUUGAAUUAUGUGUUAUAGUCAGAUAAAUCAUGUUAGUGAAGUGUACUCUACCUCACUUAUUUACACUGCAAUCAGAUGUGUUCAGAGUAUUUCGUAUGUCAUAAGUCAUGCCUUUAAAUUUAAUAUUUGAUUGUUUCCUUCAGGUUGUACAAACAUGGUAUGAUAGCUCACAGUUACUAGUCGUUAAGAAUGAUUGAAUCUCAUUAUUUAUUAAGGAUCCCUGUUCCACUGAAUGCAAAACACUAGAUAUUUCCACUUUAGUUUUUGUCUAGCUGCCACGAAGUAGCUGAAGUGAGACUAAGGUGUUGCUUUUCCGGGGACAGGGGCGUCAACAUUAAAUUAUUGCUUUCAAGUUAUUGUCUCUGAAACUAUUAGUGCUAGACCAACCUUACUUGCAACAUAGAUGCAUCUUAGGUAGUACAUCUAGACCCAUGCAUCAAAUGCUGGAUUGAUCUACCUUUUAUGGUCCAUUGACUUUGUCAGUUUCUCCAUCAAUAUUAAGUUUUUGCAUUUAAGUUAUUUUUCCUGAAACUUAAAGUGCUUGAACAACCAAACUUGACAUUUACAUUGAUGGUCAAAACAGGGCACAGGCAAGACAUAUCAAUCUGAAUGGCCUGUUUGUACAUACAGUUACCUUCCCUUAAUUCCAUUUUAGAUGUAACUGUAAUGCAUCUGGGUCUGCAGUGUACCACUGUGACCAAGUGGUCUGCAGUGUACCACUGUGACCAAGUUGCCUGCAGUGUACCACGGUGACCAAGUGGCCUGCAGUUUACCACGGUGACCAAGUGGCCUGCAGGUUACCGCUGUGACAAACUGGGUCUGCAGUGUACCACUGUGACCAAGUGGCCUGCAGUGUACCACGGUGACCAAGUGGCCUGCAGGUUACCGCUGUGACAAACUGGGUCUGCAGUGUACCACUGUGACCAAGUGGCCUGCAGUGUACCACGGUGACCAAGUGGCCUGCAGGUUACCGCUGUGACCAAGUGGCCUGCAGGUUACCACGGUGACCAAGUGGCAUGCAGGGUACCAGGGUGACCAAGUGCCAUGCAGGGUACCACUGUGACCAACUGGGCCUGCAGGGUACCGCUGUGACCAAGUGGUCUGCAGGGUACCGCUGUGACCAAGUGGCCUGCAGUGUACCACUAUGACCAAGUGGCCUGCAGGAGUUUUGAAAGGUAUAUAUAGUUUACUUCUCAGAAAUGAUUCAUAAAAGCUAAAGUCAUGCUAGGAAAAAAGUGUAUAUUACUAUUUACACAGUGGCACAAGGAUCCUUAAUUAACAUAAGCCAUUCCACCAUUGCCUGCAAAUUGACAACGUUUGUAAGGGUUUGUGGUGUGGCAAAGUAUAUCCUCGAAUAGAAUAUUCAUAAAGUUAAAAUUGUUUAGUGCUACCUUAUUGAAAUGUAUGAUUCUGUAAAAAUAUGUUGUUGUUUUUGCCCGUAGUAUCAUAGGACAAUAAAAGGUAAG